UCUUUCUCCACUAGGAUUUUAAAAUCGACAAAUCCUUCGUCCUUAGCUCAGAGAGUGUGAGCGAUCGAGAGAGAGAGAGAGAUUCAAAUUUUAAAAAGAUCUAGGGUUUCUCCAUGAAUCGUCUCUAGUUAAAACCCCUAAUUUUUACCACGAAUCCAUUAAAGAUCAAAGGAUCUCAGUAUUCUUCGGUUUUACGUCCUGUUCUUGAAUUCCUCAGCCAGAAUGUUGAGGGAUGUGAAAUUUAGCCGCCGGCACUCCGGCAAGAUCCCUCAAUCCGAGGAAUCGAAUGAGAAUCUUCCCUUUGAUUCGUCUUCUACACCUCACAUUGACUCGGAUCCCAAUAGGCCGCCUUUUAACGCGAUUCAAGAGGUAGUACGAAACCCUAAGCUUGGAGGGGAUCAAGAAACGAGCUUGAGGAGAAAGAUCGAGAGGACUCCCUCCAAGAAUCAGAGUAGAGGUGUUUCGGAUGCUCAAUUUCGCACGCCAGAGAAACAGGCAGCAACCAAGAUCCGGUUCGGGUUUGUCCCGAAGAGUGAACCCGGAUCCAGUUGCGGGGAUAAUGAAGUUCCUGCCAAUCUACCGCCAUUGAGCCGGGGUUUGAGUUUGGGAAGUGGGGGUGGUUAUAACUAUGGGACUCCUCGGACCUAUCGAACUGCUGGGAAAGCGUCAUCAGUUCAUUCUGAUUGUAGUUCAGUUCAAAGUACACCAACAAAGAGUGUUUCAAAGCCAACACACUCAGGGUUUGGUAGCUCGCGGCCUCCUAUGAGUGCUGGGAGGACUAUGAACUGUGCAGUGGCUUCAAAAGGGAUUCCAAUGUCGGCUCCAGCUCCUUUGGUUUAUGUUGCUGCUGAAGUGCCACAUUUUGAACUUAGAGAGGACCCAUCCUUCUGGAUGGAUCACAAUGUACAGGUUGUAAUUCGUGUUCGCCCUAUUAAUAGUUCAGAACAAAGCUUGCAAGGUUAUAGCAGAUGUCUGAAGCAGGAAAAUGCUCAUAGCAUUACAUGGAUUGGACAGCCAGAAUCACGAUUUACAUUUGAUUAUGUGGCGUGCGAGACUAUCAGUCAGGAGAUGCUUUUUAGAGUGGCCGGCCUACCAAUGGUUGAGAAUUGCAUGUCUGGAUACAACAGUUGCAUGUUUGCAUAUGGACAGACAGGAAGUGGGAAGACGUACACAAUGCUUGGGGAGAUUGGUGAAGUAGACCUCAGGCCCAGUGCAGAUCGUGGAAUGACACCACGCAUAUUUGAGUUCCUGUUUGCACGAAUUAAAGCGGAAGAGGAAAGUCGGAGGGAUGAGAAACUUAAAUACCACUGCAAGUGUUCCUUUUUAGAGAUUUACAACGAGCAUAUAACAGAUCUCCUUCAUCCUUCAUCCACCAACUUGCCUCUACGGGAAGAUAUACGAAAAGGUGUUUAUGUCGAAAAUCUUACAGAAUUUGAAGUUGAAACCGUUAACGAUAUUCUAAGGCUUCUUUUUCAGGGUGCUGCAAAUAGGAAGGUUGCAGCGACAAACAUGAAUCGUGAGAGCAGCCGUUCACAUAGUGUGUUCACUUGUGUGAUUGAAAGUAGAUGGGAAAAGGAUUCAACUACUAAUCUACGGUUUGCAAGGCUAAACCUUGUAGAUCUUGCUGGCUCAGAAAGGCAGAAAACUUCUGGUGUUGAAGGGGAGCGCUUGAAGGAAGCUGUGAGCAUUAACAAGUCCUUAUCAGCUCUUGGUCAUGUAAUAACGGUUCUUGCUGAUGUGGCACAUGGGAAGCAAAGACAUGUGCCUUACCGAGACUCUAGGCUGACAUUUCUUCUUCAAGACUCUCUUGGGGGAAAUUCGAAAACUAUGAUCAUAGCAAAUGUUAGUCCUUCAAUUUGCUCUGCAAAUGAAACAUUAGGUACUCUGAAAUUUGCUCAGCGUGCAAGGCUUGUUCAAAACAAUGCUGUUAUCAAUGAAGAUGCUUCGGGAGAUAUAAGUGCUUUGCAACAUCAAAUUCGCCUGUUAAAGGAGGAGCUCUCCUUACUUAAGCGUCAAAAUGUCUCGAGGUCAUUGUUGUUUCGCUCCGAAAUUAUGGGAGACAAUAAGGAUGGGGACCUAGAUGCUUCUGUUGAGGAAUAUUUGCAUGUACAAGCACAACUGAGUGCUGAGGAGCCGAAUAGUAUUGAAUCUGGUGGAAGUGUUAGUGUUUCUAUUAAGCAGUUGAAAUCAUUGGAAGCAACAUUAGCUGGUGCAUUGCGAAGAGAAAAAAUGGCAGAGACUACUAUUAAGCAACUAGAGACUGAAAUUGAACAGCUAAAUCGCUUGGUUUGCCAAAGAGAAGAAGAUACGCGCUGCUCCAAAAUGAUGCUUAAAUUCCGGGAAGACAAAAUUCAUAGAAUGGAGGCCCUUUUGGAUAGACAUUUACCAGCAGAUUCAUACUUGCAGGAGGAGAAUAAAGCACAAUCAGAAGAAAUACAGUUGCUUCGAGCAAGAGCUGAUAAGAACCCAGAAGUGACUCGUUUUGCUUCGGAAAAUAUUAGACUCUUAGAUCAACUUAGAAGGUACCAGGAAUUCUAUGAAGAAGGAGAAAGAGAACUACUGCUGGCCGAAGUAUCUGAGAUGCGCAACCAGAUUGUUCUUAUCCUUGAUGGGAAGUCUGAACAUGUUCACCAAUACGAGCCAGAUUUAGAGCUGAAGGAGGAUACACACCCUCAGAUUUCUGGUUCUAUGCGAGAUUCUCAAGAUUGUGAAUCAUUAUCUAUAGAGCUAAAGGAGACCUCCCAGGAGUUGGAGCAAUGCAGAGAUAAACUUAACUCUUGCUUAGAAACCAAUGCAACGCUCACUAGGGAGUUGAACAAUCUGCACGUUGAAUUAACCAACAUGAAAUCUGCAUGUAAUGAUGAGCAUUUCAAUGUGGAAACUGAUAAUAUGGAUUUGUCUCUGCUGUCUCUGGAUUCAGUUCAUUCACCUCCCGUCCCCUCAUACUCGUUGAAUCAUGCUGAAGAAAUUUUAAAUUUACAACUGGAGCUUGAUAUACUGAAGACCAUUCUUGGAGAAGAGAAAUCAACUCGUGUUGAGAUGGAGAAAAGAGCUCUGGAACUGGAGAAUGAGCUCAAAGAAGCAAAACAAAGUAUCUUGCUACAUGAACGUAAAGAAAUAGAAUUAAAUGAUGCAAAAUCUGUCAUUGAAGCACUUGAAUCCCAGCACAUCUUAUCAAUAAAUGAGCUCGAGGAACUAAAGGAGAGCAAUAAUCAGUUUCUCGAUCUUGUAAAGAAGCAGGAGAAUGAGAUUGCCACAUUGAAAAAACAAAUUGGUGAUAUUUAUGGGGAAGAGAAGCUAUCUUCUGCUUGUAGAAAGCUAAAGAGUCAAGCUUCACACACUGAAAAUGAGGGCUCUCCUUUGUGUGAGAAGCUUAAAAAGAUGCAAGCUUCCCUAGAAAAAGCAAGGAGUUUUAACACAAGGUUUCAAAGUGAUCAGGCAUCUCAAACAUCUCUUGAACAAGAAAAGGUUGAAGUCCGCAGACAAGUUGAAGUGGAGACAGCUGAAGUGAUCGUAUGCUUGCAAGAGGAACUCAUAACUCUCCAACAACAGGUUGAUGACAGCAAUAAAAAUGAGAUUCUUGCUAGACAGAGCUUGAUGACGUUUGAAACUGAGUUCAAAAGUCUACAAGAGAAGUUUUCUGUUGUGACUCAGGAAAAUGAAAAGCUUGGGGAAAUGCUUGAAGAGAAAAAACAGAACCUGAGGUUGCUGUCAGAAAAUUGGGAAAAUUUGAUAUAUGAAAUUGCGGAAGUACUUUCUGAUGGGAAUAUUGCUCUUGAAAAUGCUUCGGACCAAGUUGCAUCAAUUUCUGAUACCUUUCCUGGCAGUUGGGUAACUGAGCAGGUUGAGAAGAUUAUUAGGAGUAUGUCUGAGAAGGAUUUGUUAAUUGAAGAACUUCACAAGUGUCUGGAAGAUGCACAGAAUGUAAAAUCUGAUAUGGAAUGGAAGCUGAGGUCCUUGAGAGGAGCGACAUUGGCUAUAACAGAAGCACAGCAGCAGGAAAGCAGUGAUAAUGAAAGGGAGAUUCUCCACCUAACAUCACAGCUAUCUCAAAAAACGUCUAUCAUAACUGAACUGGAGAAUAGCAUUAGACUUGGUGAAGAACGACUAAGGAAAGCUGUGACAUGUGCAACUGUUGCUUUCACUGUAGUGAACCAUGUAUCUGAGAUCAAUGCGGCCCAUCUUCAAGCUCUGGAGUUUGUAAAAUCUGAAUACAUUGAGUCCACAGAAACCCUAAAGCAGAAGGAUGCUCUCCUACAAGAACAUAUACUUCUUCAACUUGACACAGAAAACCGGAUGCAAACUAUGAAAGCACAGGUGGAGCAGUUUCAGGAACAGACUCAUGAAUUGUUAGUACAGCUGCAGCAAUCUCAGCGGACAGCAGAUGAGCAAGUUUUGGAACACCAACAUAACGUUAAAGUUGCAGAUAUUGCUUUUUCUGGAGAUGAUCUUCUGGAAGGAAGACAGAAAUUUGAUGUUGUCAAAAUGGGUGUGAGUGUGAUGGAUUCUUGUGUAAAUGACUCUGCUGGAAAGGUCAGCUGCCCAACAGAUGAUUUUACUGAAGGUGCAGCCAACGGCUCCAAGCACCGGAUGGGGAUUGAAUCAAAUGAAGAUACUGUCAGCGCUGAGCAACAUAAUGUUGAAAGUAUUUCAGGUGCAAGCAUAAACCUUAGAGAAAUUCAAAAAAUAGGGCCCGGGUAUGGAUGCCUGUCACAAAAUAUUUUGGAUAGAGAAAGAACCAUUGUCCUUCUGAGGAGGGAAUUAGAAUCUGCAUUUGAUAGCCUAAGAGAAGUGAAGGCUCAGAUGGUCAAGCUACUUGACGAGAAAGAAGACGUCAAACAGUCUGAAGUACAGAGCAAGAAAAAUGUUGAACAUUUGACAGUUGAAGUUCUUCUAUUUAAAUCAGAGAUGAUCGAUAAAGAACAACAGUUUGAAUCUAGACUGCUGGAGUUGGAAGAAAAACUGCAAAGAGUAGAGGAAAGUACAGUUUCAUCUAAUGUAUGCUGGCAUGAAAUGAAAGAGGGUCUUGAAGUGGAGCUCAGUAAUGCAAAGGCAAUUGCAGCUCAAAAAACACUUGAGGCUUCAUAUCUUCUAAUAAAGAUUGAGGAGAUGCAAGGAACUAUGCAAGAUGCUGAUGUGACGGUCAAUGCACUGACUGAAACCAAUGAAGCAAUAAAACUUGAGGUAGAGAGACAUAAGACAAUUGAAACCACAUUAAACUGUGAGAAGAACCAUUUAAUAAGUGAGCUGCAGAUGUUACAGUCUUCCCUUGAUGUGAAGGAGAAAGAAAACGAGUCGAUGCAGAAGAAGUUCACAGAGAAUGUUACAGAAGCAAGAAACUUGCUUUUGGAACUUGAGGACACCUUCAGGCUUUUACAGGGCACUUUCACAGAGAAGUUCAGGUUGAUAGAAUGUGAUCUGUCCUGGCUCAAGUCUCAGCUGCAGCUUAACACUCAGUUGGUAAGCGUUUGGUUAGAAGAAAUUUGGUCAGAGAUCAUUGGAAAAGAUUGUGCCGUGUCUGUAUUACACCUCUGUCACAUGGGAAUUCUAUUGGAGAGAGUAACUGGGCUCAAUGCAGAGAAUGUUUUCCUCUACAAUGGCUGGUGUGAUUCAAAAUCGGUUAUCGCUGAUCUUAAGAACCACAAUUCUAAAGCAAAAAGGGAACUCGAACAAUGUAGCACUCUUAAAGGAAAGCUUUUGGUUGACAUUAAUGACAGUUUCAACCGCAUCACAAAGAAAGAAAACGAAACCGUGGAGUUUAAAGCAAGGUUAAACUCUUUCGAAGAAAAAAUCGUGCACUUGCAAUUGCAAGAAGAAACCAUGUUGGAUAGGUCAAAUUCAAUGGGCACAGAACUUGCUAUUCUGAUGGAGUUGGAUUCAAGUAGAAAUGCCUCAAUGGCAAUUUCUGCACAGGAGAAAUUUCUUAGGGAAAAAGAAGAGCUUAAUUACCAACUGGUAAUUGAGAAAAUAAAGGAGGAAAUUGUUCUAAAUAAAAUAGAAAUGGAGCUGAGAAAUGUUGAGAUGGAGUACUUGCUUGAUGAGAACGAAACUCUAAAGAAUGAAUUGCUGAAACUAAGGGAAGAAAAUUCUAGAGCAAAUGGAGAUCUGCAGGAUGAAAAAGUAAGAUUUGUCUCUACUGUUGAACAUUUAAGCAUUGUCAAUGAGGAAAAUCUCAAGUUACAGGACACGGCAUGCUCCUUACAAGCUUGCAUCAACAGAUUACAGGCUGAAAUGGAUAUGAAAUGUACAGAACUAGCACUCGUUUUGAAGGAAUCUGAACUAAAAAAUGAGGACAAUGAAUUACAUAUCAAAACAACACAUGCUUUGCAGAUGGAGAAUGACUACUUGAAAAAUGAGCUACUGGAAUUUAACAGAAAGAAAGAUGAUCAUGAUGCAAUGCUUAUGUCCGAGUUUAGAAAUUGUUAUGAUUUAACUCAAUCAGUGGAUAUGACACUCGACAGAAUGUUCCAUAUCACAGACAACCAGAUGUCUUUUCUGAAUGAUAGAAUAUGCCCAGAAAUUUCUAAGUACAAAGACAUGGCAUCUAAGAUUAUCGAUGAGUUAGAAUUCGUGGAGUUAUCUGUGAAAAAACUCAUGCUGCAGAAUUUCUCUCUUCAGUCUGAAUCGAUGCGAAAAGAUGAUUUAUCAAAAGGCUUGUCAUUUGAUCUGAGAUUACUUCAGGAGUCGGCAUCCACUGCUAAGGACCAAAGUGAUGAACUCGAAGCUGUUUUGAAAUCUAUAGAAAAUGAACUCGUAGCUAAGACAUCUGAGCUUGAUGAGAAAAAUGGAAGAAUUGAUGUCCUUGAAUUAGAGCUUGCUGAAAAAGAAAAUGCAGUCCAACUGAUCUCUUCUGAAAACCUUGAAUUGAAAGCUCACAUGGAACGCAUGUUAGAAAUGAGAAAUACCAUAUUAGAAGAGUUGGCGGAAAAAGGCAAUGUUAAUGAGAGGUUAAAAGAUGAAUUGCUUCAAAUGAGUAAUUUGCUUGGCCAGAGGAAUCAUCUUCCAGAGGAUUUGCAGGAUGACAUGGCCAAACUUGCAGAUGAAAAAGAUUGCUUGGAUUCUCAGAUGCUUAUCUUGAAAGAGCAGAUGGAAACGGCUCAAGCACUUGCAGAAGAACAUGAAGCUAUUGCUACUGAAUUUCGUCAGAUAGCAGAAGAAAAAAAGUUGUAUGCUGCAGAUAAAGAGGAGGAGAUUAAACUAUUGGAGAAGUCUAUUGAAGAGCUUGAAUGCACUGUAAGCGCAUUGGAAAAUAAGGUGGAAUUUGUCAGAGGAGAAGCUGAAAAACAACGACUGCAUAGAGAAGAGCUAGAGAUGGAACUCGAGGCUGUGAGACACCAGAUGCUUACGUUACCUUCCUAUGGCAGCAAUAUCAGACAAAAUACAGAUGGCAGGAAUCACGACCUCACACGGCACCUAAAGGCAAAAGUUACUGAGCUGCAAGAGGCUCAACAGAAUAUACAGGUUCUUCGAAAGGAAGUUGCAGAUAAGGAUUCAGAGAUUGCUCAGUGUAAAGCACACAUAUCGGAACUUAACAUGUAUGCAGAGGCACAAGCAAGAGAAUACAAACAAAAGUUUAGAGAACUAGAAGCUAUGGCGCAGCAAGUCAAAGCAGAAGCAAUACCCGCUAACUCUACAAGCCUGGUAUCAACGAGGUCAGAAAAAAGUGCAGCAAAAUCUAGGGGUUCUGGUUCCCCUUUCAAAUGUAUUGGCUUGGGACUCUCACACCAAAUUAGUUCUGAGAAGAAUGAAGAACUGGCUGCAGCUAGGCGACAAAUACAAGAGCUCGAAACCUUAGCUGCAAGUCGGCAGAAAGAGAUAUUCAUGUUGAAUACCCGCCUGGCAGCAGCAGAGAGCAUGACUCAUGAUGUAAUCCGUGACCUACUGGGGCUUAAGCUGGAUAUGACGAAUUGUGCAGAAGUUCUAGAUCAAGAUCAAUUGCAAAUGAUCAAGAUGAAAUCUCAGUUUGGUGAUCAAGAAAACCAAGAAAAGGACCAACUAGUCCUCAAGCUGAAGAAACAUCUCAACAAGUUCAUUGAAGAGAGGGAAAGUUGGCUUGAUGAAAUAAACCAAAGACACACAGAAACUAUAUCUCUACGAAUUGCAUUGGAAAAGCUUCAGCAAAGAGAACAAUUUCUUAUCACUGAAAAUGAGAUGCUAAGGGUGGAUAAUACAAAAUACAAGAAGACAAUAUUGGAACUUGAACUUGAAGUGAGAAAGCUCUCUGACCAGCAGAAUUUUCAUCAGCGUAUUCAUCACCAUGUUAAGAUAAAGGAAGAAAACAAAUUAUUGAGGAUUCUAAAGGAUGAUCUACACGCAAAGUUAGAAAAAUCAGAGUCAGCCCUUUCACGUGUGAGAGAAGAACUUGCACAAUAUCGAGCAGCUUGUGGAAAGAAACCGUUUGUUGACAUUGAUGAAGAAGAACAUCUGAAGACAAAAUUAGACGAUAGCGAAGAGGAGAGAAUCCAACUUGCGCAAAAGCUAUUGACCUUGUGUACAAGCAUCCUAAAGAUAGCUGGAUUGUCGAGGCCUUCGUCUGCUGUAAAUCUCUCAGUAGCAGAAGAUGCACUCCGCCAGCUUAAGGAACGUAGUAGUUCGCUUGAAAGUGAAGUACAAGAUCUGAAAUUAAAGUGUAAAUUUUUCCGUGAAAAGUUGAAGUUGUCUGAGCUCAGGCAACAGGAGAACUCAGUGAUACAAGAGAACAGUUCUUCCCAUUCACUGUCACCUUCAAGUUUUCAUGUGUAUCAUAAUGAUGUAGUUGGAGAUAAUCACAUAUUAGCAAUUAGCUGAAGGAGGGAAGAUCAAAUUCCUUGUAUAGUAUGUACAGGAACUGAUCAAUUAAAUGCUCAGUUGAUCAGUUCACUGUCGGGAGGAAAUUCCUUCUUUUUUGUAUUACAGUCGAAGCAAUAUAAUCCAUUCAUUUGGUUUCAUCUCAGGUUGUAAUUGAUCAAGCAGUUAUCAAAUAGUUCGAUUGUUAUUUGUCUAA